GCGAAUGUUCGCCCAAUUCUUAUUCUCCAUGUGCUGCAAAAAUGGUACUAAGAUUCAGCAUUCCAGUCCGGCUUGAUUUUAAGUGCAGCCUCGCCGUUGCAUCAGACCUGAGAUGACGUCUUGGAUUGGGCACUAUUCCAACAAGACUACAUACAUCGUCACUAUGCAGCCCUUAUUCGACCACUUCUUCAUUCCACAAAACUCUAAUCCCUGGCUCACUUGAGAUGACCACCGCUUGGAACAAUAACUGAUACACUACAUUCCGCCUCCCCAAGUUCUCCUAAUCUGAACCCUACAUUCAAUCUGUUCUUCAUCUCCAAACAGCAACUUAAUAACGCCGAAAUGUCUGGGCUUAACUUCAAAUGCGCCCUCAUCACCGGAGGCGGCGGCGGGAUCGGCCGCGCCAUGGCAGAGUAUUUUAUGUCCAAGGGCAAAAAGGUCAUCAUCUGCGGGCGCACCGAGGCCAACCUCAAGAUGACCCAGGCGGAGAUCAAGUGCGCGGGCUGCUACGUGGUAGACACGGGCGAUGUGUCCAAGAUCCCCGGGUUCAUCGAGGCGAUCACAGCCGAGCACCCGGACCUCGACUGCCUCGUCAACAACGCGGGCGUGCAGCGGCCCCUGCAGGUCCUCAAGGACGACCCGGAGGACUUCCUCGGAAGGGCCGACAACGAGAUCGACGUCAACGUCCGCGGGCCGAUGCACCUCGCCGUCGGGCUGCUGGCCCACCUCAGGUCCAAGCCGGCCGCGGUGAUCAUCAACGUCUCGAGCGUGCUGGGCUUUGUGCCCUUUAGCAUCCUGAACCCGGUGUACAACGGCACCAAGGCGUGGCUGCACUUCUGGAGCAUGGCGCUGCGCGUGCAGCUCAGGGGCACCGGCGUGAGGGUCGUGGAGAUCGCGCCGCCGCAGGUCGGCACGGACCUGCACCGGGAGAGGGAGGACCCGGACGACAACAAGAAGCACAAGAGCCCUACCUCGAUGGAUGUGGACGAGUUCAUGGAGGAGGUCGCGCGGAGGCUGGAGCGCGGGGAGGAGACGUUCUCUGCUGGGCCGGGGCAGCAGUUGGUGGAUAGGUGGUAUGAGUCCUUUGGGGAGAGGUUUGACCAGGCUGCGAAGAGCUGGGAGUAA